CUUGCUGCAGGAGCACAUAGGGGAGGAACUGUAUGGGUGUGGUUACGACUAUACAACCCUCAAUGAAUUGAAACAUUCCUCAGCAGUGUGAUCAAACAGCGGCAGAAUGAACAGCGCAGUUGCAUAUCCCCCUGUCAACGCUCCUGCGGCCAACAUGUUCAGCGCGCCUGGCUAUGAAGGCACAGUGGCAGGAGGAGCUGCGUAUCCCCCUCUCACCGCUCCUGCGGCUAACAUGUUCGGCAACAUGCCUGGCUAUGAAGGCAUUGUGGCAGGAGGAGGAGGAUACCUGCCCCCUCCCAUGCCAGUGGAGCCUGUGGCCCCACCCCAACCCGGCCCUGCACCUGAGGACUGGAGCAUUCCCUCUCUGUCGGAGGAUGUGGCUCGUGAGGCGUUCGGGAGCUUUGUGUCAUCUCACUGCUGCUACAGUAGUGGUCCUGUCGAAGAUGGAGUCAUCACCAGCAUGGAGCCGUUCAACACCUACAGGUAUCGGUUGGAGACGUUCACUGAGUCCAGGUCAACUGAAUGUGCCGAGAAACCUCAUGAAGGUGAGCCGGCUGACUUCUACACCCAGCCCGCCCCCCGGCCCUGGGAGGUCCAAGCCACGGCUCCCAGCCUCUUCACCAAUCACACGGAGGAGAUCCGCGUGCCCUUCACCUCCUCCAUCAAGGAAUGCAACAGCUGCCAUGCCUCUGGGACAAUGCAGUGUGACAAGUGUCAUGGAAAUGGAAAUCAACCGUGCUGGGUCUGUAACGGCUCAGGGAUGAAGAGUGAUGAGCGCUGCACUACCUGUAAUGCUACUGGCAAAACAAGGUGUACAGAGUGCGAUGGUCAGGGAAAGAAGAAAUGUCAAACCUGUAAAGGAAAACGACAACUGCUGAGCUACAUCAAACUCAAAGUGGAGUGGACUAACCAUGUGGAGGACCAGCUGGUGGAGCAGAAAUCUGGUCUGAAGGCCAAUGAUCUUCACUCAGUUAGCGGGAAGGAGCUGUUUAAGAACAGCCAGUACCUGGUCUACCCGCUGCUCGGGUUCCCAAACCCGGCCAUCUCUGCGGCCUCUGAGCGUCUGGUCAAAGAGCACCAAGGCAAAUACGCCCAGUCCUCCAGGAUCCUGCAGCAGAGGCAGACAGUCGAGUUGAUCCCCAUCACUAAGGUGAACUAUAAGUGGAAAGGCAACUCUCACGUCUACUUCGUUUACGGCAACGAGCGCCGAGUCAAUGCCGACGAUUACCCAGCAACCUGCUGCUGUGUCAUCCUGUAAACACACACAAUUCCGACUGAACAACUUUUAACCGAUAACUGUAUACAUACCAGUAUGUGCCAUUUAACGUCCUCCGUAUUGCAUGGAAACCUCAUGUCAAAAAUAUUGCUGUUCAGAUGUCCUCCUGAAAUCUGGCAUCACGUUUAGUUAAAUGAAAUCUGUGAAAGACAGGAAAAUAUCAAAUUGUCCCAUCAAAUUGACAAGCAUAAGAAGAAGCA